AACUUCUCAGACAAGGCAUACACAAGCGGUUGUCGUUUAAAGAACAACUUGGCAUAACGCUACCUUUGACUGGCUAAGGCAGAAGUUGUCAGAAAAUGUUUCUAUCAGAAGGUGACAACUUGGGGAUAUUUCUCUAUGUGUUGCUGUUAUCAGCCAGCUACUAUUUGUGGCGGAGGUGGAAUGCGAAUGACAAUUUAAGCACAGCUGAUCUUGCAGGAAAAUAUGUUUUUAUCACGGGCUGCGACUCUGGCUUUGGACAUCUGGCAGCUAGGACUUUUGAUAAGAAAGGAUUCCGAGUGAUUGCCGCCUGCCUGACAGAAAACGGAGCUGCUGAUCUCAAAACAGCUGCUUCCAAGCGGCUCCAGACAGUGUUGCUGAAUGUGACAGACGUGAAUAACGUCAGAUUGGUGGCAGAAACUGUUAAACAAGAAGUAGGAGAGACAGGUCUGUGGGGCCUGAUCAAUAAUGCGGGGCUCAUGGGACCAUCGGCACCCACUGACUGGCUGAACAUUGAGCACUAUAGAGAACCAAUUGAAGUUAAUUUGAUUGGCCUCAUAAAUGUUACAUUAAAUAUGCUGCCCUUGGUGAAGAAAGCCAAAGGGAGAAUAAUAAACAUGAGCAGCAUCGGUGGUUGUGUAGCAAUAUGCUCAGGAGGCUAUUGUCCAUCCAAAUUUGGGGUAGAGGCCUUCAAUGACAGUUUAAGGCAAGACAUGAAAGCGUUUGGAGUGCAGGUGUCUUGCAUUGAACCUGGGCUCUUCAAAACGCCCCUCUCUGACAAAACCAAGGUGUGGAAAAGAAAGUUGGACAUUUGGAAGGAGCUUCCUUCUGAUGUCAGAAAACAGUAUGGAGAGGAUUAUCUAGCAAAGGAUGCAGAAAAGAAAGAAAAACUGAUCAGACGGUUUCAGAACACAGACCUCUUGCUGGUUGUAAAAUGUAUGGAGCAUGCUUUAAUGAGCAGAUAUCCGCGGAUCCGGUACUCUGCUGGCUCGGAUGCGAAGGUCUUCUGGAUGCCCCUCUCCUACAUGCCAGCUGUUCUUCAGGACUAUGUACUGAUGAAAAAUAAAGUGACAUUGGCAGACCCAAUGGCAGGGUAAUUUCCUUUCUUAUGUUUACAAGCUUCCUUUGUAACCUCAACUGGUUGGCCCAGGAUAAAAAAAAACAGAUUUGUCUUGAUAACUGGUAUUUAAACCAGCAGUUUACUAGAACAGAGACAAAUGAUGGUCCUCAAGAAGUGUUCGGUCUUCAUAGUAUAUUUGACCAUGAUCAAAUAAUAAGCAGACCAUUGAAAACAUAUUGAACUGAACAGCCUUUCAAAUAACCAUUAUGACAACUAAAAAUGUGUUUUGAGGGCUGACAGAUACGAAAGGGCCCUUGCAGUGAGACCUUCUCUAUCCCCCAAAAGUCGCUUGUGUCGAACAGCCACACGCUAUAGUAAGUUCAGAAUGAGGGGAGCUAAGUUUAAAACAAAUUGCUCUAGCAGCAAACAAUGCAAAUGAUCUAUUGUUCUUCUGGGAUCUCUUUGAUCUAGCAUCUCUUUGUCCUAACUGGGUCAUUUUAUAGUUUACUGUUGAGAGUUUCAGUGUGUUGUCUAUGUUUUAGCAGUUGUUAAUUUAUUACAUGGUUGAAACUAUAUUGUACUGUAAUAUCAUAUUACAUUCUUUAUUUUGUUUUUAUUCUAAGCUGCUUUGGAAAGCACUUUGUGGAGGGUUUUUGUCUUUGUUGAAAGAAGUAGGUCUAGGUUUGCAUUGCGCUGAGAGGUUUUGUAUUUAUUGAAAGUUGAUAUAGUUUUGCAUUGUACAGUUGUGGAAGAAGUAUUGUAUGUUUUUCAAGUGGUGCUGUAUUGUAUUUUGCCUUGUGUAUAGUCCCCUUUUUCUAACUAAUGCUGGAGCACUUAUAAAAUGAAUAUAUUGCUAAAUUACAAUUAUAUUUGAAGAGGGGCUUAUGAAUCGAUGGGAUUUUACCUCUAUGGCAGAGACGAGCCUGUGCUUGUACAGUUAUUAAUAUUUAUACAUUUGUUUAGCUAUGAUGUAGAUACUGUCUUCCUUUGGCCAGUAAUCCUUUGUUCCAUAUGAUAAAUACAGUCUAGUCUGUUACACCAUCCUCCUGGAGAAAUCCAUUAAGCCUAGCAAAGUCUCCAUACAAUUCAGAGCGCCUUGUUAUACAGCCCCAAACAGGGGAGAUGUUUGAUUCUUGUUUUAUCCAUUCAUUCAGUGUUCUCUUAAUAUGAAAAAAAAUAAGAUUAGUUUCCAACGUUCAAUAAGAUAUAUGACUGAACCCAAUUCAGGUAUGCUUUAUGCUAUCAGCUUCUCACAAUACCAGGAUAUAUUGCACACACAAGACACGUCUCAAAGAUGUGCCUUCAGUCUUCUUUUAUUAGAAACUGGCUGAUUGGAAGUAUGUCGGUGAUCUCCAUGCAGUCUUUUGCAGACUUGGACUUCUUUGACAAUGAACUUUCUACUCUUUCUGCAGAACCCAAGAUUGGUACAAUGUUGCCAAGUUUCAACAUUUGACUUAGUUAUAAAUGUAAAUAUCUUUAUUGUUUCAAAUGCCUAAAGCCUGUGUUCUUUCUUG